AUGCCUCCAAAGUCUAUAUUUCGGCAGCCAGAGGCGCAGCACUUUCAACUCGUUCAUCGGUCUCAGCGGGAUCCGCUCAUACAUGACCCCGAAGCCAGCCAACAUGUUCUGAAAGCUUUUGAACGGAGGAAUUUGGCCAAGGGAAAAUCUAGAGCAGAUUUAGAAGGCGUAAUUACUCCCUCGGCCUUGGCUCAUGACAAUGAACGGGCCAAUAUCGGGCAAGCGGCCCUCUAUGGCGUCUACUUCGAUGACACGGAGUACGAUUACAUGCAACAUCUGCGGACUUUUGGCCUGCAGGAGGAUGGUGUCGACAGCAUCCUCAUAGAGGCCCCCGCUAAACCCAAGGCUAAGGGCAAAGCCACAGAUUUGUUCGAUUUGCCCGCGGAAGCACUCCCAUCUACAUCCGAGCUGCCGCGUACGUACGAAUCUCAGCAAGCUAUCCCUUCAUCAAUAGCAGGCUUUCAGCCGGACAUGGAUCCGCACUUGAGACAGGCGUUGGAGGCUUUAGAGGACGAUGAUUUCAUAGAAGAUGACCUUGACGACGACUUCUUUGGCGAGUUGGUCCAAAAAGGUGAACGGGGCACAGACGAGCACGUCGACUUCGCGUUCCGCGAAGACGGAUUUACUGACGGAGAGCAGGAGAAGUCGACGCCUGGAACGGAACAGACAAAGGGGACAGAUGAUGAGGAUCCCAGUUGGGAAGCGAGGUUCGCUCAGUUCAAAAAGAAUCAAAAGGCUACUUCUCGGAAUGGUACCUCUGAUGUCGAUGCCUACUCGGAAGGUGGCGACACUGUUGGAACUCUCCCUCAACUGUCGGUUAUCGGUGGUAAGAGGAGACGCAAGGGUACCUCGGAUGCCUCAGGGUUCAGCAUGAGUAGCUCUUCCAUGUUCCGUAAUGAGGGAUUGACUCUUCUGGAUGAGCGUUUUGAUCAGGUCAUCAAAGAGUACGAGUCGGAUGAGGAAGACGAAGAUGGUGUCGAUUCCGACGACUCAGAUGAGGCCCCAGAGCUCAUCACUUCUCGUGAAGAUUUUGACUCAUUGAUGAGCGAGUUUCUGGAUAACUACGAAAUCCUGGGUGGCAAGAUGCGACCAGUCCUUCCCGGUGGCACAGGCAUGGAGAAAUUGGAUUCGAUCCGCAAGGGGCUAGGCACUAUCACAUUAAGAGUGCAGGAUGAGAACAACAGUGAAGAUGAGAUUCUAAUGCCUCUUGACGUCGACGACAAGAAAGACAGAUGGGAUUGCGAAACAAUUCUUACUACCUACAGUAAUCUCGAGAAUCAUCCGCGGUUGAUUCGCGCUAGUCGAGACAAGGCUGUUCCUAAAAUCCGCCUUGAUCCAAGAACAGGCCUUCCGAUUGUUAAGGAGAACCACCCUCAGUCCCCUGACGACAACGCGCAGAGCGGAACGUCUUGGGUAUCGGAUGACGAAGAUGAUACACGCCCUACCCGGGUCACUGUCACAAGGUCUAGGAACGAGUCGAAGGAGGACAAGAAGUUGCGAAAGCAGGCUGUCAAAACUAAACGCCAAGCUCGUCGUGCGGACAAGAAGGCGACGACGGAGAAAUUCACAACGGAAGCUAGUCGUCAGGCUAGGAUGCUCGUGAACAAGGAGAAGACGAAGAUGCGGAAGCUAUGA